AUGAGUUUAAUUAAUAAUAAUGAUCACUGCGGGCUUCGAACUUUCCAGGAAAAUGUUAACAGUCCCGAAAAACUGUCCUAUGAAACGAUUAAUGGAUGUUAUCAGGAUGAUGUUCCCUGUUUCAACAAUAUUUUGACAAAUGAGUGUUCCAAUGUUGAGAGGAUGAAUUGUAAUGAUUUUUCGGUAGGUAAGGAUAUUAAAAACUUUCAAAAUACAGAAGAAUUCAACGAAUACACAAGGGAAUAUAUUGAUACGAAAGAAAAGGUUAACAAUUUUUCGACGGUCAACGCUUUCUUUGGUAAUUUUUCGCCGAAAAUUCUCAAUUUAAGCAGACAACAAUUCGCUAAAGGGACUCGUAGCGGUAGAACAGACAUGACGACCUCGCAAGGACCUUUCUCAUGCCUCGUGGCUGGAUGUGACAAGAUCUACCUCAAAAAAGCUCAUCUCAAGGCACAUACACUGGCGUCCAACAAGAAGACAAGUUUGCCUUCAUCUAUGUCGGCAACCAGCGGGAUGACGGGAUCUCUCAGUUCCUCUGAGGCUAUCCCCAUCCCUCUGAUACACGACAGCAUGACCUUUGAGAAUAGGCAAACUAAGUGUAUCAAGGAAAUGGAGCGUCAAGCUGAACAAGAUCUUAAAAGAAAAAAACGAGAAUGGGAGAGAGAGAUGGAGAAAAUGAAAGAAGAAUUCUUGAAGCUUCAUUGUGGAACUGUUAACGAACUUGGUUCUGAUCCAUUCGUUGUUAAACGAAAGGGAAGCAUUGAGAUAUUAGACAUAAAAAAAAUGAAAACUAUGAUAACUGAAACUCCAGAUUCAGAAAGAAGAUUCAGAUUGAGAUUUGAUUUAUCUGAUUUUGAUGUUGGAACAGUCAAAGUGAUGGCUGAUAUGGAAAAGAUAUCUGUCAUUGCAUAUAAGAAAAAUGAUGAAAAUAAGACUAAAAAAUAUUGGCGACAUAUAGCUAAGCCGAAAGAAAUUGAUCCUCAUAAACUGAAAUCUCGAAUAACAUCUGAUAACGUGUUGAUUUUAGAGGCUUUACUACAUCCUAAAACUUUAAACCUUCAAAAAAAGACUGGUCCAAGUCCGUCCCAUUCUUUUCAAGGUUCUAGAGCAUCAUCUCGUUCUAAAUCUCCACCACAAAACACACCUCCGUCCACACCACAUCGAGAGCAGCCAGCAAAAAUUGGAGUUCCUGUUUUCAUUCAAGAUGAUGAUGGCCAGCGACGAAUGCAUCUGACAGUUGAUGUUGGUAAUAUGUUCAAGCCAAAUGAUAUAACAGUACAGGUCAUUAAGGAAAAUAGAAUUCUUAUCAAGGCUAAAAAUGAAGAACGCACCUCGGAAAAAUUUACAAAAAUGAAAUAUACAAAGGAAAUCGAGUUAGCCGAAAAAAUAGAAUCUUAUUCGAUUCGCGGUGGACUGACAACCGACGGUAAACUAAUUAUCGGAGCUUUCGUUAAAGGAUACGGAGGAGAUCUGAGUAAAGAAAAUGCAGGGAAUGUAAUAAUUGAAGAAUUGAAAGCUCCUCAUUCUUCUCUCAUGCUCUGCAACAUUCUCAACCUGGCAUCUUUUCCUCCAACCAUGCCAGCGUCGGCAGCUCAUGUUCAACCAAAUGGCACUUAA